AUCAAUCUCUCUCUCUCUUCUUCUUCCUCCUCCGCCCGACCCCGAGAAGAGACGGCCAGGCCCCGAAUCGGAGUCGGAGAAAUGGGCAAGGACCUGACCGACGACCAAAUCUCGUCCAUGAAGGAGGCCUUCACCCUCUUCGACACCGACGGCGACGGCCGGAUCGCCCCCUCGGAGCUCGGGAUCCUCAUGCGCUCCCUCGGCGGCAACCCCACCCAGGCCCAGCUCAAGUCCAUCGUCGCCGGCGAGGGCCUCACCUCCCCCUUCGACUUCCCCCGCUUCCUCGACCUCAUGUCCCGCCACCUCCGCGCCGAGCCCUUCGACCGCCAGCUCCGCGACGCCUUCCGGGUCCUCGACAAGGAGUCCACCGGCUACGUCUCCGUCGCCGAUCUGCGCCACAUCCUCACCAGCAUCGGCGAGAAGCUCGAGCCCUCCGAGUUCGACGAGUGGAUCCGGGAGGUCGAGGUCGGCCCCGACGGGAGGAUCCGGUACGAGGAUUUCAUCGCCCGGAUGGUCGCCAAGUGAGGGCGGCGCGAGUGGGUAAAUUCCCCGAAUUCGUGAUGUUUGGGUCCUUUUUUGUGAACUCGUAUUUCUUCCCCCUUUUCCCCCGUUUCUUCUAUGCCAGGCGGUGGUUGUUCUCUUUGGGAUUUGAAGAUUGUGUUGGUUGUUGCUGUGCGAUGUUCGAUGUGGUAGAGUCGUUUGUCCCCUUCGUUUGUUUCCCUUUUUCGUCCUAAUUUGGCUACUCUGUUGUUAAUUUGUUCGAUUAAUGCAUAGUGGUUUAUCGUU